AUGUCGACACGGCAGCCUUCCCGCGUUGUUUUUGUGGGAAACAUUCCAUAUGGCCUCACUGAGGAGCAGAUAACAGAAAUAUUCAGUGGGGCUGGAAGAGUUCUCAACUUCCGGCUGGUAUACGACCGCGAGACCGGUCGUCCUAAGGGAUUUGGCUUUGCAGAAUUUCCAGACUACGAUUCAUCGGCGUCGGCGGUAAGAAAUCUCAACGAUUACGAGAUAAUGGGUCGCAAGCUUCGAGUUGACUUCAGCAACGAAACCGUCAACGACGAGGACAAUCCCAGAGGGGAUCGAGAUGGCGCUGCCACUGGCGUCGUUGGUGGAGGAGGCAAUCCUAACAUGCCGAGCUAUCCCUCGCAACAGCAGCCGUCGCAACAGCUCCAGCAGCCCCCCAACGGUAGCGUUCCCCCGGGCGGGGCAUCUUCAUUGCCUCCCUUACCGCAGGGCAAAGAUCUCCCACAGGGCAUGAGCUGCACAGACGCCAUCUCACGGACGCUUAACACGCUACCGCCGGCACAGCUCCUCGACAUAUUGCAGCAGAUGAAGACGCUGGCAACCAACGACCCGAGCCGGGCUACCGAGCUCCUAAACCAGGCCCCCCAGCUCAGCUACGCUAUUUUCCAGGCGCUACUGAUUAUGGGGCUCGUAUCUCCCGAUGCAAUCAACUCCGUGCUAGAUGCCGGCAGCGCAGCCCCUCAGGCACCCCCCAUCUCUGCGGGCCCCACCCCCAUGGGUUACAGCUUCCCUGGCGCCACUGGCACACCCCCUAUUGGACCUGGAGGUGGUUACCCGCCGCCGCCUAUGGCCGUCGCCCCCGCGCCAGUCACAGUGCAAGCGCCCGCGCCUGCUUCUGCGCCCGCUCAGCAGGAUCCGGAAACGCUCAUGCGCGCCGUCAUGGAGCUGUCACAGGAGAUGAUCGACAUGCUUCCUGAGGCAGAGCGGCAACAGAUCAUGGCUUUGCGCACGAGCUAUGCUUCACAGCGGCGUUGA